AUGGCAUCGAUUUUAUCUGCACAUGAAAUCGGCGAAGGACUUCCCGUUUUGAUCAUUCAUGGAUGGGAGCUAAGUGGAAGAGCCGAGGAGCUCGACUUUGAGCCGAUCUUCAACAAAACACCAGGACUUCUCCGUAUUUACGUGGACCUUCCAGGCAUGGGCACAACACCUGCCGAUAAUGUCAAGGAUCUGGACGAGAUAUACCUCCGCCUUGUGCAAUUCAUUGAUUCUCGAAUUGGGAAGUCAAGAUUCUUAGUUGUCGGCUCAUCAUGCGGCGGCUACCUUGCACGUGCGAUAGCUCAAAAAUAUAAUGACCAACUUGAUGGUUUACUACUACGCGUACCACUUAUUGAGCCAAAAGACAGCAUGCGCGAUCUUGAUGCUUUCAGCCCCGUGGUUGCAAACGAACAAGUCAUGUCGAACAUAUCAGACGAAGACAAGAAACUUCUUCGGAAUGUUCUCGUUCAAACGCCUGCCUAUGUUAAAUCCCUUAAGGCCAAAUACGAGGACGUCUACCUUCCAGCGGGGAAAGCAGCAGACAAUAAGGUGUUGGAUCCGAUCCGAGCAGAUCCAAAUCGAUAUCAGUUAUCUUUUUCGUUGGACAAUGAAGAUGCUAAGUUUUUUGCACCCACACUUGUUGUGUGUGGUCGGCAAGACGGAGUCGUGGGCUAUCGAGACAGCCUUCGCUUGCUGGAGCUGUAUCCACGAUCAACCUAUGUUGUUCUAGAUCGUGGGACGCAUGGACUUCCUAUCGAUGAGACUGGUCUUUUUGAAGCUCUUGUUCGGGAUUGGAUACUCCGGAUUGAUGAAUGGCGGGCAUCGCACGGACAUACUUUGUAA